AUGCUGCUGAUCUUAUUGUCGCUUGCUGCUCUGAGUGCUCAACAGCAGUGGUCGCCAGAGGAUUACCCAAAUCCCCGAAAGGGUGGUUACAAGCAAUGUAAUAUGCGAUCAUCAAGUAACGUUUGUGAUCCAGACGAAGUGCUCAGCGAGUCAUCGCGAUAUCGAUUGAACAAUGAACUCACUAACUUGGCCCGAAGAACCGAAGCCGAAGGAAACACCUAUUGCACUAGGAAAGGCAUGGAUGCAGUGCUUGCUAUCACUCGACAGGUUUGUAGAUAG